AUGCAUGUACCACCAAAAGAUAUCUAGGUUAGGAUUAACGAUUUCAAAGAAUAGUUGAACUAAUUUAGAAAAAUAUUAUUUAUCUUAUUAGAAGAUCCUUCAUCAAGUAGAUUAGCGGGAUUAAUAUAAUUUAUUAUUUGUUUUACUAUUUUGCUAUCUUAAGUUUAAAUACUUUGUGAUUCGCUAUUUGACAAUAAUUAAACCUAUAAUGAUUUAAGCAAUAAUUGUGAAAUCCUUAUUUUUGUUGUUUUUGCUAUUGAAUAUUUACUUCGAUUGUCGACUUAUACUGUAUAUGGGUAUCCCUUAAAGGCAUUUUUAUAUUAGCAUAUGAAUAUUAUAGAUCUGUUAUCAAUAGCUCCACUUAGUAUAAUUUCAUUGAUGUAUGGUAAAACUGCAUUAAAUGGAUUUAGAAUUUUGAAAUUGUUUAAAGUGAUAAGAAUAUUAAAAAUAAAGAGAUAUUUGAAAGGAGUAGACAUUCUGUAUAAAAGUGUAGCAGAUUGCAUUUCUCAGUUUUACUUCUUAAUCAUAGCCUUUUUAUAAAUAACUCUUGCUUAUGCCAUAGUAUUAUAUUAUUCAGAGCAUACAGAGAAUGAUUUAGAAAUAGAAAAUGCAGUUUGGUUAGGGAUUGUCACAAUGACAACUGUUGGAUAUGGAGAUUAUGUUCCAAAGUCUAUUAUUGGUAUAAUAGUAACUUGCAUUAUGGCAUUAAUGGCCAAUACAGUUAUCUUCUCACUGCCAGUGGCAAUUCUCAAUAUUGAAUUUUAAGAACUUUAUGGGAGUAAAAAAGAGGCUGAAUAGAUUAGCUUACUUAAAAAGAGCAUGAGAUCUGGUAGGAGAGAUUCAAUAAAGAAUAAAGAAUUCAGUUUCUUUAAUCAAAGGUUACAAAUUAUUGAAGAAAGAAAUAAAGAGAUCUAAGAUUUAUUAAAUAAAAGCAAUAAGAUGGCAAAGGAACUUACAAAAGAUUUGAAAAGAUUAUUUCUGUCAGUAAAUGAUGAUGCAGAUUAACUUCUUGAUAAUUUAAAUUCGCCAAGACUUACUAAACAGAAUGUUUUAUUAGUUAAGGCUAAUCUCUAUGAUAAAUUGAUGAGAGCCAAAAAGAAGAUUUAAAUCACUAACAUUUUCAGAAAUUUAAUCCAAGAUUCUGAUUAAGAAAAAAAUGAAAGCCCAUUAAAUUAAACUGUAUCUGUUAAAGCAAACAAAUAAAAAUGUAUUUUUAGAAUUCUGGCUGAUCGAAAAAAAAAUAAAAAAAAAAUUGGUCUUAAAAGCCAUUCUUGUGAAAAUAUUAAUUAAUUAAUAAUUCUCAAAAAUGAAGAGUAUGGGGAACUGCCUUUCGACUUUUUAAAUGAAGUUAUUUUGUAAAUUCAUGAUGAUAUGUUUCAAGAUAUUGACGAACAUCCUAUGAAUUAAUAACAGCGUUCUAUAUUCAUCCCUGAAAGUAGUGAAAUAAUAAAUAAGGAAUCAUCUUUUAGAUUCAAUUCAUUAUAUGGAUUUGACAGUCCUAUGGUUAGGCUUAAUCAAUCAAAUAGUGGAAGUCCAAAUUAAAAUCAAAGAAAAAUAUCUGAUUUUACUAGUUUAGCUGAUAAAAAGUCAAUUAUUAAUUUAAAAAGUGCAUACAUUCCUCCUUUAUUUCUUCACGAAAGUGGUUUUAGAAGUAUUACAGAAAAAUCCAACAGCAAGUUCAAAAACUCGUACACAAAAUAGGAAAUUGAUGAAAUGCAUUAAAAAACUAAACCUAGAAUACCACAUUAAUUUGUUAAUUAUAACAAUAACCUUAAAGAUAUUGAUAGUGGUAUAAAAAAAAAUGAGUUCCGAAAAAAAUAGUUCAAACCCUCGAUUGUCGAUUUUUAUUCUCCUCAUCAAAUAUACUUAAACAUUCAAGAUUAAUGUUCUUGUAAUGAGUGUCAAAAACUAUAAUAUUGA